UAUAUAUAUAUAUACAUCCAUCUCGUGCAACUUCAGAAUAGUUUCAUAAUAACCAAUGCUCAUUUUACAUCCGUAACUUACUACUGUCGCUGAUUGGUGUCGGCUCUCCAGCCACUUCUACCGCGACAAAGAAACAAAGAUGGCUGGGGGGCGGCAGAUCAUUGUACGCUGUACGCUGUAUUUCUCCCCGAAAGAACAACCAGCUCUCUUAUCUCCACCUCACAGCCAUCCUUUUUUCUUUCUCUCUAUUUAUUUUAUUUUCAUCUUUCUUGCUGGAGCUGGGUUAAUAAUACAUAUAUACUCAUUGCUCCAUGGUCUAUCACGUUGGUUUGCAUUGCAGCGAGCCACACACACUCCUCCGUGUCUCGUCCGUUGUUGGCUGUCCAAGCUGCCCGCCAAUCGUCUGCGACCAACACCGCGCUGGGGUCAUUUCUUCCUAUUUAACGAUUUAACGGCCAACAAAUACCGUCAUAGGGCGGGCUUAGCUACCUUGUUCGUCUGCUUUGCCUUCGCCGCCGUUUUUUUCUCUUCUCUUUCUCAGCUUUAACAACCCCCUUCUACGGCUUUGUUCUGCGGUUCUGGCCUCUGAAGAAUUAUAUACCCUAUCUAUUAUCACCGUCUAAGCGAGUUUUUGAUGUCUGGCCGUUGAUCUUCGCCGCCCUACAUACCCCGGAGCGCAUUGCCUAGACAUCAUCAGAAAAGAACCUCCGAAUCCGCUCGAGAAAUGUGCGUUUGCGGCUUGCCUUCAUAAGCUACGGCUCACGGGAGAUAUUUCUGAAUACUCUUCUGUCCUGGCUUAGUAUAUAGAAACACCCCCCCCCCCAAUUGGGUGCGCCUGAGGCUGCUCAGGUGUUGAAGCAAGCUGUGGCAGGGAGUUUGAGAUUGAUUGACUGGCAAAAUGGCGACCAUUUCAUCAUCCCGUAGACAGUCAGUGCCUGCUCCUGGCCGAAGACAAGCUUCUUAUUCCGACCAGAAACCGAUCAAUGGUGUGGAGAACAAUGCUCCAUUCACAGACAACCGAUAUCCUGCCAAACGGGCUACCUCGUACAGCUAUGCCAAUCAUGCUCCUGUCCUCCCUACAGCCCCAGAUGUUCCGCGUCCCAUUCCCUCUUCCUUCAGAAACUCUUUCAAUGCUGGGCCGUCGCGUCGGUUCGGCGAAGAGCCAAAGCCAUUCGCAGUGCGGGCUAAAGAACUACAAAUAGAGGGAGCUCUGGAUGGGCUGGAUCACAUUUCUCCAGCAAACAGUGCUUCUUGGGUAGAAUCCCAACGACAACUGAAUGAAGAAACAGGAUCUCAAGGAGGCAGGAUAUCUCCUCAUAUCGACCUGCAAAACGUGACCAUUCGCAAGCCGAGGAAUAAUAAACGGGCAAAAAACACUCCCCUUCCAGAUUCCGCCCCGCCGCCUCAAUCCAAUUCAUCGCUAUCGCCGCAAAGUACAAGAAGCAAUUCGCUGAAUCACAGGAGGGACAUACAUAUGCGACGUGAUUGGGCUCCCGAGAAGUCUCCACUACAAAAGCUAGAAUUCACGCUGAAAGAUUUCAGUAAAGAGGAGAAACGUGCUAGGGUGGAGGAAGCUGAGAUGCUUCUCAGGGAGGCAAAGGCCGGUCGUCGAAGUCGCCAAACCAGCCGCGAUAUAACGCCAACUUCGCAGGCAAGCACAGUCCGCAGACCAAAAAGCACCACAGACCCUUCAAACCUGGAGGAAACAGGCUUAGUCCGGAGUUUGAGUGCCAAGCAACGUGAUAGAUUGCAACAUAGCGCUGUUAUAGACUCAACAAAGCCUGAUGCUAAGCGUUUCUCAAAGGACGGCCGUGGAGGCUUCGAAUAUGAAGAGUACCCGCUGCACGAGAAUCAACAACAGCCACCACUAAGCCAAGAGCCGGUGCUCAAUGAGCAGUAUGAUGUUCCACGAAAUACUGAGCGACAGCGGGGUUGGGAACUUAGUGACACAAGAACGACAACAGCACGGACCGCAGAUCAAAGAAUGAACGAUGCUGCUACGUUACAGAAAACCCAGAUUCCAUACAAUCGCAUCCCUGAUGAUCAAGAGGACGCGAACCACCUCUCCCAACAGACAGCCAUACCUCAACCUCAACCCCAAAACUCCGGAACCGUGCAGCGCAGCAAUAGCCGCAAGUUGCAGAAGCCGCUACCACGGAACCUCAAUCCCCAAUUACUAGUGGAUCCUCGUGAGCAGAGGAGAGCAUUCCCACCGGCUAUCGCAUCAUCAUCAUCAGCUCCAGUCAACCAAGACAUCCGACCGGCUACCAAUCGCAACGUUUCGUCUAACAGCAAGGCAGGAUCGGAUAGGCUAGAUGCUGGGAACAAUAACACCCCUUCCAACGUGGGCCUUGGCCUGAGCAAUACGACACCCCCUCAAACCUCUAUGUCCGUAAACCACCCUCAGCCCACCAGGAAUGGCAAGGGAAAACAGCACAGCGUCUCUUUUGCUGUGCCUCCCGCAACACCACCGCCAGUAUCGGAGUGGAAGAAUGCAGACGUUGGGAGGCUGCGUUUAGCAGAUUUUGACCUUCGAGAUAUCGAUGUCAAGAAGACUUGGUGGGAAGGUGGUGGGUCGGGCAGGCAACGAAGGGGCAAUUCGGUUUCUGCUGGUCAACAACAACAGCACCCGUCGAAGUCGAAACUCAAAAACAACACGCCAUUUAACCCACCCUUGUACCUAGAAUGUGGGCCACUCCUCAGGUACACUGGGAUGAAAUGGGAGCAAAAAGAUGGAGUUAAUGGGCCUAUUGAGCAGGAGGUAUGGAGAGGGAGUAUUAUGAUAGUCACUAAGGACUCUGCGUCGGACUACAAGGAACCCCCAACACUUCGGUUUUUCUCUCAGCCUAUGAGCUUGCUUCCACCUCCGCCAACUGAGAUUAGCGGGGAGAAUGGUGAACUUGCGCCAGAGUAUGUGGAUCCAAUUGCCGGCCUCACCAAGCUUGGACGAAAUGGCAAGCUACUCUACGUGAAGCCCGUAGACCAUCUUGAAGAAGCCAAAGACCUCUCCUUCAUUGAAGACGACGACGGGCUCUUUGAAGUAUCGCCUAGCCCUAUCGACUAUACCGCGAGCAAUCAAGUUUCGCAACCCCCAAAUGCGCGAAUCAAAGAGAAAGAUGGGGAGUCGGUAGGUAAAUACAGAGAAAUUAAGGGGGCACGUCUCUACGCAGAUCCCGCGAGGGACGUGACGUUCUGGCGAUUCAAUCUCGAGAUUGAGCUGGGCAACUGGCAACAGAGGAUUGCGUAUCGGAUCAACCAGGGCUCCGCGGUUGGAUUCUGGGUCCCUGCCAAGGGCCAGUCAAUGAACAUCAUGUUCCACAGCGGCAACGGGUUCAGCGAAUCAGCCGAUCGCGACAAGUUCAGUGGGCCUGACCCCCUUUGGCGAGAUGUUCUAAACACACACCAAACGCUCCCGUUCCAUGUUAUGGUAGGCGGAGGCGACCAGAUAUACAACGACUCGGCUCUGUUUGACACAGAACAUUUCCGCUGUUGGAUGGGCCUACGCGUCCCAUAUGAAGAACGGUAUCAUCCAUUCAAUCUUGACAUCAAAUCCGAAAUGGAGAACUUUUAUCUUCAGCAGUAUCUGAAAUGGUUCUCGCAUGGGCUGUUCAGUAUGGCCAAUUCCCAGAUCCCGAUGGUGAAUAUGUGGAAUGACCAUGACAUUGUACCCGGUUAUGGCUCUUUUCCGGAUCAGCUUAUGAGAUCACCCGUCAUGUCUGGGGCGGGCGAGUUGGCAUUUAAGUAUUAUCUGCUUUUCCAACAUCAGAGUGUGCCCGAGGAGACAGAUUUGGAUGAACCGAGCUGGUUGUUCGGUGCAAAUCCUGGUCCUUAUAUCGGGCAGCGGAGCAGGAGUGUUUUUAUGAAUAUGGGCAAGCGAGUAGCGUUUUUGGGAGUUGAUUGUCAAACUGAGCGCACGAAAAACGAAGUGCUCAUCGAUGAUUCUGCUGACCUCAUAUUCACUCGCUGUCAUGACCAAAUUAUGAAGGGGGAAACAAAGCACUUGAUCGUGCUUUUAAGCGUACCUAUCGCGUAUCCACGCCUGGUGUGGCUUGAGAACGUUUUGUCCAGUCGGGCGAGCUAUCCUGUAAAGGCACUUGGGCGGGCGGGAAUAUUUAGCAAUUUACGAGAUAGGUUCGAUGUAGACACGGAAACGAUUGAUAGCCAGUGGACCUCGAAGGCGCAUAAGCUUGAGCGCGGCUGGCUGAUCGAGGAUCUCCAAGAACUCGCUGCGGAGAAAUCUGUGCGAAUCACUAUACUCGGAGGCGAUGCUCAAGUCGCGGCAAUCGGACAGUUCUACUCCAACCCAAAGCUGCAGAUCCCCAAAGAUAAAGACUACAGAUACAUGCCUAAUGUGAUAUCUUCGUCGAUUGUCAAUGCGCCCGCCUCGGAGAUGAUGGCGGAUGCUCUCAAUAAACGUAACAAGCUUCACUUUUUAGAUACGAAGACGGUCGAGGACAUGCGAGCAAUAUUUGCGUUUGAUGUUGAUGGAAAGCCGCGAAACAACAAGCGCCUUCUUCCCAGAAGGAACUGGUGUUCUAUUCGAGAAUAUGCUCCUGGGUCUACUCCGCCUCAGACACCGACGGAAUCAGAACCGCCCACCCCGUCUGCGGGCCGUCCUGGAAAGUUGAUGAGAUCCCUAUCCCUAUCUAGAGGCGAUGGAAGGCCUUCAGCUCUCCUUCGGAAACUAUCUCAGCGCGGCGGUCCCCCACCGUCUCGCAGCCUCUCGUUGCGCGGACUGGAGAAGCGCCGCAUGAGCUACGACGGGCUCCCCUCUACCGCAGCACAAGCAAAAGAUAGUUACUUCCCGCCCCAACCCCAAAGGCCCAUGACGGCUGGAAACCAACAACAAACCGACGAUCCAGCACAGCAUCCACGACCGGGGAGUAAUUUCCUCCGCCGUCGCACCGACCUAUCCGCCAAGGAGAUUAAACGUGAAGCGAAGGGUGGAGCCUUCGUUUUGCAGAACUUCAUAAACCUGGAGGGAGGGCUUGAUAUCACCUUGAACUGCGAGACGAAUUCGCGGGACCCGGCGGGAAUCACAAGUCCGUAUCGAGUGCUGGUGCCUGCGCUAUGGUUUGAGGGGCCAUUUGAACCGAGUGAACCGCGGGAGAAGAAGCGUUGGUGGAAGAUUGGCGGGAGGAAGAAGCAAGAGCAGGAGGAGCAGCAGGAACAGCAGGGGCAGGAGGAUGGGGAUGGCGGCGCGGCACCGGAUAUGGGGCAGCUGGGUUAUGGCAAUGGGCAUGGGCAUGGGCAUGGGCCUAGUCAUGGCCGGGGACUCGAGCAGGAGCCGGACCGGGAACAGGUACUCAGCCGUGCUGGGGAAGGUUAUCAGAGACGACGGUAUGAUGAUGAUGGGUAUGGGCAGGGGGAGGAGGAACCUCAUCCCCACCAAGGUCAAGAUAAUGAUGAAUAUGAUGAAUAUGAUGAUGAUGACGUCGGAUUACCACCGCUCCCACCACCUCCCCAGCCGGGAUACAGCGGGGUGGAUGCGUAUAAGCCGAGGAAGAAGUGGCUUGGGAUCAUUUAGCGGUUUUGUGGUCGUUUUGUUAUCUUUCUUUUUCUUCUGCUUCUUCUUCUUCUUUCUAUAUUUAUAUUUAUAUUUUGUUUUCCUAUUCUGGUUUGCUCUCUUCUGUGCUUUUGGUUUGAUAUGGAGGAAUUUGAGGGUUACAAGACAACUAGUUCAGGUAUUAUUUUCUUUGCUUUUCUUUCAUGCUGUACCUAACUUGUUAACUACUGGCUGGAUACCAACACGCAAAUUUUCGAAUAUACUCUUUUCAACUCAAGAGAGUGUUUUUAUUUUAUUUAUUUUAUUGCCUUGUCCUAUGCCUAUUCCCCAACACCAACCUCCUUUAUACUAAUAUUCCAGGCACAUUAUCAUAUGUGCGAGUAAAAGCAAUGAUCAUUGUAUCACAUAUUCUGAAUCUCCUUGAACACAUCCGGCCAUUCCAUCCUGUCUAAAUAGCUGAUAUCUCGGUAUUUUUUUGACGCUUGGUAACAUACAAAAGAGGCCUGGCCAUGGCGAGGGGGAAGAGUCAACACAAACAGUGUUGAAGAGUCACUCACCCGCC